GUGGAUCUGCUGGAUGCAUAGAGCUGUAUGUGGCUUUCAGAGAAACAGCAAUCUAAUUUCUACACGUAAGAUCUCAAUCCUCAUAUGUGCCUUCGUUGUGUUUAUGGCAGCAUGGAACGCAUUGGCUUGUACUGAAAAGCCACUUAAGGUCAAGACUACACAUUAAAAUCAUCUGAGGAGAAUAAAUCAAAGAUCUCAGUACCUGGAUGGAAUCUGAAAUUGACCUUUCGGGAUAUUGUCAUCAUCCAGUAGAUACAGGGAUCUCGCUCAUAGACAGCUCCCAUUUCACUGGGAUACAUUCAGUGCAUGCUCAUUCACCAGACCAUGACUCACAAGGACCUUCCUUUAACACUGGCUACAACCACAUACAGUAUUCUGCAGUCCAACAGCCACUGGCAUCAUCGCAGUAUCAUGUCAAUUCUGGAUAUUACUCACAACAAUCGGAGGACUGGUGUUCCAGUGGAAUAUAUGAUUUGAAACGGAUUCCUUCUGACAGUCUGUUUUCUAUUGACAAUGACAUUGUGGAUUUGCCACCUACAAAGAAGGCUAGGAUUAGCCCUUGUGCUGCAAGGGUUAAAGGAGAUGAGUUGUGUGUUGUUUGUGGAGACAAAGCCUCCGGCUACCAUUACAAUGCUUUGACAUGUGAAGGAUGCAAAGGCUUUUUCAGAAGAAGUAUUACUAAAAAUGCUGUUUACAAAUGUAAGAAUGGAGGUAGCUGUGAAAUGGACAUGUACAUGAGGAGGAAAUGCCAAGAAUGCCGCCUGAGGAAGUGUAAAGAGAUGGGCAUGCUUGCUGAAUGCUUGCUAACAGAAAUUCAAUGUAAGUCUAAAAGACUACGGAAAAACAUAAAACUCCCUUCUGAAAAAUCAUUCAAUGAAGAAUAUGAGGGAUUUGAAUUAAAGCAAGUGACAUCUACCACAAGAACAAGCAGGGUCAAAGCUGAACUUACACAAGACGAGAUACAGCUGUUGCAGUAUGUAAUGGAAUCAUAUAAUAAGAAUCGAAUGCCGCAAGACUUGACUUCUAAAUUGAUAGAAAACUUGAGCACAGAUGACAACUUUAUUUUCCUGACAACUAUGGCUACAAGUCAUGUUCAGAUUUUAGUGGAAUUUACAAAGAAAAUUCCAGGUUUUCAAACAUUGGAUCACGAAGAUCAGAUUGCUCUCCUGAAAGGCUCUGCAGUUGAAGCUAUGUUUCUUCGUUCUGCUGAGCUCUUCAACAAGAAGUUACUUGAUAGCCACACCGACGUCCUUGAAGAGAGAAUUUGGAAUAGUGGUAUUUCUCAUGAUUACAUAAAUCCCAUGUUCAGUUUUUAUAAGAGUGUCGGGGAGCUGAAGAUGACUGAGGAAGAGUAUGCACUGCUCACGGCAGUUGUGAUUCUCACACCAGAUCGUCAGUUCCUUAAGGACAAAGAGUCUGUUGAAAAGCUUCAAGAGUCUUUCCUGCACAUUUUGGAAAAGCUCUGCAAGCAACAUCACCCCAACAACCCUCAACACUUUGCCCGGCUUUUGGGGCGUCUCACUGAACUACGAACAUUUAGCCAUCACCAUACUGACAUGGUAAUGUCAUGGAGAGUCAGUGACCACAAAUUUACACCCCUUCUAUGUGAAAUCUGGGAUGUCCAAUAACAAAGGGAUGAGUUAUGGAAAAGAAAACUGCCAAUUUCGAACUCUUACUUCACAUAUAUAAAUAUAUUUUCGUAAUAGACAUGAUUACUAUUUUAAUGAAAUAAUAAUUAACUUUUCCAUUGUAUGUAUGUAUAUAUAUAAUGUAAAUGUAUUUUCAGAACCAGUUUUGGAUUUUUAUGGAAAAAAAAUCAGGUUAGGAUUAUUAUCUUAACCUCCAGUUAUGUUAGGCCGUGGGCUAUUUUUUUCUUUAUGAAAUAUAGUUUUUUAAUGACAUGCUGUACAUGGGAUGAUGUAUAAUGUGCUUGUAGGGACUUUUCAGUUUUGAUAAUUUUAUGUAGAGAUGCUUGGUAUGCUGCAGCUUGAGGUCAUGAUAACCAUUUUUUUUUUAAGGUUGGAGUAUCUUAAAUGUCCCACCCCUACCUCCACAACCCGAUUUACUUGUGUGCUUUUUAGCAUUUCCUUUUAUGAACAGCAUUGAAGAAUGCAAUAGUUUUAGUGAAAUAAAAUAUCAAGAUAUAUAGCAGGUUUCACUUAUUGCAUGUGUAGGUUUUUUUUAUCACAUAUAUAAAUCUAACUACUUGCUUUCUCACCGGGACAUAAUUCUUCACCUAGAAUCAGGAUAGUGGAGCCCUGGCCUCAAAGCUUGGUGGUAAAUGACUGAGUAUCAGUGCGAAACGUCAGCUGUGCAUCCCGUUUUCAUCUUUUUGCUGUGGAUUGUAGUGUAUUCCAUUUUACCAUUAAAGGACAAUUCAGGAAUCUUUU